ACGCAGCGAAACACAAGGCAGGCUGCUAGCAGAGAGGGCAGCAUGGCGGGGCUACAAGACUUCCACCAAGGCAGCCACUGUCACAGGAAAACGUGGAUCAAUAUACUACUAGGAAUACUACAGUUACUUUUACCCUGCGUCCAGCACGGAGGUGCUCAGCUCCAAGCUCUGAGUCAGAUGUCACCCAGCGUGGUCGAGGUCUGGCAACCAGAGGAUGCAGAGCCAUUAGUCCCGCUUCAGGUGGAGAAGGAGCGAAGAAAAGAGGGUCUUCCACUCGAGGACAGCUCCUCCCCGUAUAUGCAGGAGAAUGGGAAGGCUUUGCAUUUUCAGCCUCCAGUGUUAGAGUUUGGGACCCAGCCGCUGGGGCUGCCAAGAGCUGAAACCAUAUAUAUACACAACCCCAGUCAGGAAGUUCCUGUCACACUGCUGUCAAUGUUUACUUCCAGCAGGCAUUUUUACAUACCUUCCUUUCACAGAAGAGUGAUCCCUCCUAGGGGGAAGGCAUCUUUUAAACUAAUUUUCCUCCCGUCUGAGGAGGGCAAUAUAGAAAACACAUUAUUUAUAAACACAUCGGCCCAUGGGCUGCUGUCAUACCAGGUAUUUGGUGUGGGAGAAGACCAGGGAUCGUUAAAAUCUGUCCAAAGAAAGGAUAGUCUGCUAAUAUUCCCUCACAUCCAGAGCAUUAAGCUGACCCAAACUCAGGAAGAUGCCUCCAACAUCACUAUACUGGGUCUACUCCUGGAGUGCAGCUUACCGAAGAGUUGGAACAGUCCACAGGGGUCCUGCCUCCAAAGCGAGGAGCGUCUCAGUCUGCAGAUUAACCUGUCGGCGCGCGGUGACCAGCCUGCUGACCUGGACAAGCUCAAGCCCUAUGUCAUUGAGCACAUUUUGGUCCUACUGGUGGCCCCUGCUGCUGAACAGGAUGCAUUCGGGGAAUCAAAAAUAAGAGUUUAUAUGUUAAAUUCUGGAGGGAAGAAGCUGUAUAUAAAGGACAUGCAGGUGCUAUCAAAAGUAGAGGCUAGCUUGGACUUUAAUCAGGUUCUUCUGACACCAGAAGCAAAAAACUUCACUGAAGUGGCUACACUGGCCUGCAGAGGCUCGUUGCCUGGCCUCGACCAGAAAUGUAUAAGUCAUAUCAGUUUGAAAAUUAUGGGAAACAGGACAGCCUACAGCUUCCCUGGACUACAUGUUCCACACAGAUGGCCUGUUGGGGAUUUGUUCAGCCUGUUCCAGAUGAAACAAAGAGCUGCUAACCAGGUGGACUUGUGGCUCAGCAACCCCUUCCCUGUGCCUCUCAUUGUGUUGAAUGCAAGCCUCUCAGAGAAGCUGCAGGGGGUAAUGAAGGUGAUGAACUUCAACACUCCACUGACAGUUCCUCAGGGCUGCUGGCACAUCCUGUCCCUCCAGCUGCUCAGCAGGGCCCUGCCUGUUAACCAGGUCUCCACCCUGAGUCUGAAUACCAGCCUGGGCACAGCACUGCAAGUUCCACUGUACUUCCAUCCUAAUCCUUCCAAGGGAGAGGUGGUGUUUGAGGCGGAAAGCGAGUGUGGACGUCCUUGUCCUCUUAGACUAUCUGAAACAGGUCGCUCAGAGUGGCAACGCUCUCUUCUUCCAGAUUUUUCCCACUCGUCUUGGGCUGUGGACAGCAAACUAGCAGCUGAACUCUGCUCUCGAUGGCAGAGCCACAAAGACAAGCUGCCUUGCAGGUGGCCGAGACUCCCAGUGGAGGCAUCGUCUCUCCUGGACUUUGGUGCUACUCCUGUCAAUGAGAGCAAGGUUAAGACAUUCAUGCUGAAGAACCCUUCGUCUUCAGUGGUUUCUGUAGAGAUUCGGGUCCUCUCUCUGUACCCUGCUCCCCUGGAGGCUCUGGACCUUCUAACCAAAUGGUUUAAUAUCAGCCCUCUCUCUGUUAACAUCAGCACAACAGAGUUCUCUCUGUUGGCUUCUUCCUCCAAGGUGGGUAAGAAUAUGGAAGAAAAAAACGGAGUCUUACGUCUGCUGCUGCAGCCCUGGGAGUCCAGAGAGGUUGCUGUGGUUUUUACUCCCUCUGAACACAAACCCACCACCACCAUUCUUAUCAUCAGGAACAACCUGACGGUGUUUGACAUGGUGAUGGUGCAGGGCCACGGGGCUAAAGAGCUGCUAAAAGUCGGGGGGAAACUGCCCGGUCCUGGGGCCUCUUUACGCUUUAAUGUUCCUCAAUCAACGCUAAUGGAGUGUCGUGAUGGUCUGCGCAGCAAUAAGCCCCUUUUUGCCAUCAGAAAGAGCUUCAAGGUGGAGAAUGCUGGCGAGCUUCCCCUGACGGUCAUGUCAAUGAAUAUAAAUGGUUACAAGUGUCAGGGAUUUGGCUUCGAGGUGCUGCAGUGUCAUUCCUUCAGCCUCGAUCACAACAGCUCCUCUGAGCUCACCAUAGCGUUUACCCCAGACUUCACCUCAUCUUGGGUCAUUCGGGACCUCACCCUUGUGACAUCACGUGGCACUUCUUUCCCUUUUACCCUCAACGUGACGCUUCCCCAUCACAUGUUGCCCCUCUGUGCCCAGGUGGUUCCUGGCCCCAGCUGGGAGGAAACUUUCUGGGUGGUCACCCUCAUCUUCACAUGUUUCUCCUUGUUUGGUGUCUGCCUGAUGGCCUUUUAUCAAGCACAGUUUAUCCUGCAUGAGUUCUCUGCACCGAGCAGCAGGAGCAACCACAACUCUGUCUUGUCCCGGGAAAAUGGUUCAGUCAAUAAUAUCACACCGAAUGGAGUACAUAAAACAAAAGGCAGUUGUAAGACCUACGUGGACACCUGCCACACAUCCGACAAAGGUAAAGGCCGCGGGUCUCCAGCCUUAGCCAACAGCCCCGCCCCUCGACCUCAGUCCUCAAAGAAGGGCUCCUCAACCACACCCUCCCAACAACAGAAGAAAUGCAAGGUUUCACUCUAUUACUCCAAAUAUAAACCCAGCUCAUCCACAGCAUCAGCUGGUGCUGUGGCAGUGGAUGAAGAGCUGGAAGACUUGAGACCAGACCCUCCCCUCACUCCCGACACCGACGUCUGCAACAACAACAACGAACCAGCUUUCAUCAAUGAGAUGGAGAAGAUGACAGCCCCAGACUUUAAAGAAGUCAUAGAAGAUACAAUGCCAGCAGCGGUUAUGUUUCCCAUGGAAAUACCUGCUGGUUUCCCAGAUAAUGUCACACUGGGUCCAGGACCCAGACCGGGCCUGUUAGUGUGCAGUCCCAUAGAAAAGAGCUGCACUGAGCACUAUGCAGAGAAGAUGGAGUCUGAGAAAAGGGACAGUUCUGAAGUAGAGCUGAGAGACGACUGCAAAGGACAGAAAAAGAAAGCACAGAGCACAGAGUCUGGCACUGCAGCAGGGAAUAAGGGAAAGAGGAGCCGCAGGAAGACUGAAAAUGUCUCCAGCGCUCCUGAGCACAACAUGCAAGUAACACCAGAGAGGGAGAAGGAACCUGUUUGGAAAGCUGUGGACUUUGUCAGUGGACCCCGCAGCAGGAACCGCUCCACCAACAGCUUCAAGACAGAAGCACUGAAGCCUGUGCAGACUGCUGAGAGCCCACUCAAACAGAACGGUGUGUGUCCUGCUCGCACUCGGAAGAAGUGUACUCCGGAGUGGCGCGUGGGCAGCGUCUGCGAAUCAGGCUCAGACUCAGGCAGCUCAUCGGGCAGCGUGAGGGCCAGCAGAGGGAGCUGGGGCAGCUGUAGCAGCACCAGCAGCAUGGAGGGAGACAAGGACGCCAGUGCCCGGACACACCGCUCCACUACCUCAUCUAGAAAAAGGGACUCCAUGCAGUACAGUGUGUACCCAAAAGAGGUUGACAGCUACCAGCCCAUUAAUGCCAACUAUAAGACUAAAAGCAUGAACAGCCUGUACCAUAAAGAACAAUGCCAAAGCCAAGAGUCCACCAGGCCCAGCUUGACCUCAAGCUUUGCUGCUGCUGUUGCUGCAGGAAUGGACCAGAACACGGAUGUGACAGGUCAGUAUCUGCCUGAAGAUACAUGGUCAGCUCCACCCAUCCCCCUCACCAGUGAGUUCAGAUACAACACCACCGAAGCAAUGCGCUACAUACCACCAACCACCGCGUCAUACCGCGGGUUACGUUGGAAUAGUGCCAGCAGCCACUGUAACAGUUCCUAUAACUACUAUCCGGAAAAUGGCUACAUAGGUAAUGGAACUUUUACAAGUGGUUUUCACAGUCAGGAGGGCCAGAACAUGCACAGCAAUCAGACCAUCUGGAGUGACGAGCAGCCUCAGGAAUCGCCCUCAACCUGGGACACAGCAGCCUGUGUGGGCAGCAAGCCAUACUUCUCGGGUACCCGCAGUCUCUCCCCCAUGUCCAGCCUGUUUGGAUCCAUCUGGACACCCCAGAUCGAGCCCUACCCGAGCCACUUCCAACCCGAGCGAUCAGCCCCAGUGUCCCCCAUCACCCCGCCUCACUCCCCCUUUACUCGGGAGCCAGUGGGGGCCUGCGGACCGCUGCAGUACUCCAGCUUCAACCCUUUCGGCCCGCACAUGAACUUGGACAUAUGGAACUCUUCAUCCAACCGCAGCUCCAACUCGCAGCUCUCCAACGACUCCGGCUACUGUGGAGAUGUUUAAAACAAGUAAAUACAGCAGAGCUUAACUAUAAUUGGAAACUUAUAAGUCAAGAAAAGGAAAUAAAAAAAAGAAUGUUCUUUUAUCAUUGAUGGGGAAAAUGUGAAUAUUGUUUUUCUUUUAUGUUCCCAUUUUCAGAUGUUAUAUGUUGUGAAAGGUUAAGCAUUUGUUGUAUAUUUUUCUAGCUGUUUUGCAGUUUUGAUCAUAGAAAAUUAAAAAAAAAGUUUUGUACUU